UUUCAGCCAUCUGUCCCUCACUUCACUCCCGAUAAUGCUACCUACUACAAAGUCUUCAGCAAUUCAGAAGGUUACAAGCACAUCCAUUACAUAAACGCCUUGCAGGUUCCAGUACCUGUUACUGCAGGAAAAUGGGAAGUAAUCAGCAUAGAAGCUGUAACCAAUAAGUUUUUAUACUACAUUAGUAAUGAAAACCGUGGAACGCCAGGAGGGAGAAAUCUUUAUAAAGUGCUCUUGGAAAGCAGUCCAAAUUCUACUACAUGUGUUAGCUGUGAUCUGGAUCGAGAAAGAUGCCGGUAUUAUUCUGUGUCCUUCAGCAAAGAUGCACAGUAUUAUCAGCUAGAUUGUCGUGGUCCUGGCCUACCUGUAUCUACUCUGCACAGAAGCAGUGAUGAUCAAGUCCUCAGAUACUUGGAAAAUAACACUGAACUGGAAAAUUCAUUGAAAGAUAUUCAGAUGCCUUCAAAAAAAGUUGACUCCAUUCGUGUAGGUGGAUACGACCUGUGGUAUCAAAUGAUACUGCCUCCCCAUUUCGAUUCAUCAAAGAAGUACCCUCUGCUCCUUGAUGUGUAUGCAGGACCCUGUAGUCAGAAAGUAGAUUAUGUCUUCCGGAUCAGCUGGGCUACUUACCUUGCAAGCACCGAGCAGAUCAUUGUGGCCAGCUUUGAUGGCAGAGGAAGUGGAUACCAAGGGGAUGAAAUUAUGCAUGCGAUAAACCGAAGGCUGGGAACAUAUGAAGUGGAAGAUCAGAUAGCAGCAGCCAGAAAAUUUUCUGAAAUGGGCUUUGUUGAUAAGGACAGAAUAGCUAUUUGGGGUUGGUCUUAUGGGGGAUACGUGACCUCCAUGGUGCUUGGCUCUGGAAGCGGCGUGUUCAAGUGUGGAAUAGCGGUUGCCCCCGUGUCACGUUGGCAAUAUUAUGAUUCAAUAUACACGGAGCGAUACAUGGGCCUUCCUAUAGCAAGUGAUAAUCUGAAGAAUUAUACUAGUUCAACAGUAAUGGCCAGAGCUGAAAAAUUCAAAGAAGUUGAAUAUCUCCUUAUUCAUGGAACAGCAGAUGAUAAUGUUCACUUUCAGCAAGCAGCACAGAUUUCCAAAGCUCUUGUUGAUGCUGAAGUGGAUUUUCAGGCAAUGUGGUAUACCGACAAAGACCAUGCCAUCACCGGUCAAGCACAUAAGCAUAUUUAUACCCAUAUGAGCCAUUUCAUAAAGCAGUGUUUCUCACUGCCCUAGCACCAGCAUUUUGGUUGUUAGCGAUGGUACUUCUCCAGGAAACUCUCUAGCUAAUGUGCACUGAGCCAGUAUAAACUUUUAUGAAUGAAGUUGAGAUAAGGGGCAGUUCUUGGGAUGCUUGUGUACGCAAUGAAAUGCUAAUCUUUAUAAUGAUUUCUGUUGCCAAGCAACUAUUGCAUUUUUAGUGAUUGUGUUUAAUCAGGUCUUAACAUUACCAGAAUGUAGGUAUGUUGCAGACUUCUAGGAAAGC